GUGGACGAGAUGGUGAGUGGCGUGGUGGUGGCCUGGGGCUCGGAGGCGAAGUACGGAGACGCGGGCGGCGGCAUGUUCAUGGAACAGUUCCUGAAAGCUCAGCUGCCGCUGCACCUGCACGCGACCGCUGACGUGGGCUCGCUGUGGAAGUCGGAGCCGGAGUCGUCAG